AUGAUGUCUUUACUCCAUUCUGAAUGGACUGCGUUUCUCGCGCAGAAUCCAACAGUCAGCCAUGACGACGAAAGCAGAAACAGGCGCUUCCUCUCUUCCCCAGAAGGUCGCGUCCUUGCCGAACAAGUAUCAAGUGUUGACACGACUGUCCCUGCCAGGGACAAUCAUCUGAUCCCUAUUCGGAUUUACACUCCCAAAGACCACUCAUCUGAUGCAGUCGUCAUAUUCUACCACUCUGGAGGCUUCGUGCAAGGCUCUCUCGACACGGAAGAUAUCUCGUGCAGGCACAUGGCACUAGGUGGACCCAGCACCGUCAUCAGCGUCGACUAUCGACUCAGCCCGGCGCAUCAGUAUCCUAUCCCUCUCAACGAUGGAUGGGAUUCAUUUGAAUACAUAAUAACCAACCUUCCCACCCUUCUGCCGAAGCACGGCGCUUCGGCAAGGGUGGUGAUCAGUGGGACGUCAUCGGGCGGACAGAUCGCCGCCAUUGUCUCGCAGAAGGCGAGACACUGGACGCGAGAUCCAACAAAGGCAGCAGUAGCUGCAGGUGUUACUAUUAGCGGAGUCCUGCUCCGCGCUCCGGUGACUGUACGAGGCACGGAUGUGGUGCUGAUCCCGCCGUGUUUCAGGGAUUUGCACCAAUCGUGGACUGAGGAGCUGGAGACGGCAAAGCUUGAUAGGCAAGGCAUGGCGGAGAAUCAUGAUCUACUUGGGGUUCCGUGGGCAGAGAGAGCACAUCCCGACGCUUAUCCUCUUUGGGGCCGAUUUGACGGGCUGCCAAAGACGUACGUCCAGAUCUGUGAUGUCGAUAUCCUCCGUGAUGACGCAGUGUGCUAUGUGCGAGGUCUCCAAAACGCAGACAUUGCGGUGCGGGUCUCAUUCUACCAGUCGCUGCCGCAUAUUUUUUGGGUAUAUGCGCCUCAGUUGGAGGUGUCGAGACAGGCGCAAGAUGACUGUGUCAAUGGCUUGAGAUGGCUGUUAGCUGUCCGAUGA